UAUAUUUUAACAACGCUCAAAAUAAAACGUGGAAAAACAAUUUAUUUCUGACGGUUUCGUGCUUGCAGAGACUCCUAAAAAUCGUACCAAUUUCAAGCGAUGGCCGCGAAAGCCUAAUUAUUUUGAGAUAAAUCUAGGUGUUUGGAAAAAUUAGUGGUGAAGCCACCGGUUAAGAACGGUUGAAGAUACCACGAAAAAAAUCGAACAAAUUGGUUUUUAAAUAGAAAACUACAAAGCCUUUCGAAUACUUUUUGAUGGUCCUCACUGUAUGUAAACAGAUGGUAUCCGUUAUGAAUAAUUUUAUGCGAAUCAAAGCUUCUUUAAAGAACCCACUUCAAAGAAGGUAAUUAAGUCUUUGCAUGAGGAAAAGAUAAUUUUUACGAUUUAACAUACAUGUAUUAUGAUACCUGAAAUUAUGAAGAAUUCCGUGUAGAAACUGAAAACGAACUUUAAAACAAGAAAAUGUGGCCACUUCCGGAAGCCGCUCAGUCAGAACAUUUUCUGCUCUAGAUUUUCAAGUUUCACCUUCACAGUUCACAAAUAUUUUUUGAAUAGUUUUUGUAUCGGCAAAUAAAAAUUGGAACCAUUCACUCGCAUUAUAACGGAAAAUAGUUGUUCAUCAUUCGACAACCCUCAAGUCGUCCAUACAUGGAUUCUGAUACGGACGCAUUGCUUCGAAAAACAUGUCAACAUGCCAUGCAGAACCUUCGUAUAUCUCAUUCAGGGCAAGGCCGCUUCUUUGAAGAUCAUUGAAUUCAUUGCAGCAUGUAAUAAUAGGGUGGGAAGAUUUUGAAAUGCGUCGAAUUCUUCGGCAAUCUACGACAAUCUUUGAGAUGUUUCUCACAGGUGGAUGGCAGGAGGUAAUUACUUCUAAUUACUUUUCAGAAAAGCCAUUGAAAGAAAAAUUCCUUGGCAAAAAUGUUUCUGUUGAUCAGGUUGAAUAGCUGGUUAGAAGAAUUCGACGAAAGUUCAAGUAAACGUAUACAAAGGAAGUAUGAACUGGCGCGAGUGAAUCAUUAGGCGUUUCAGUUAAGAAGCUGCUGCGUGUAUUUUUACCUUGUAUAAUCAGUAAUAAAACAAUUUAUAACCGCAAAAUGUAAGAUAAAGGUCACGCUAGAAAAAAUCGGCUAAUGCUGCUCAAUGUUUUUCACAGACUGUCGCUUGACAUAGCCUCAUAAUUUUACCAGAACAAGCUGCGGUUGUUACCAUAUCUGGGGAAUUGUCGAUCGGUUUCGAUGCACUUGAACUCAUUGCUAAUUUCUGACACUGAAAUGAUGAAAAAAAAGGAGAUUUGGAGUCGGAGUUAUUUUUCUUUAGGCAUGUAAUUUGGCUUACGUCCCAAAUGAAACCAGGUUCUAGUCUCUACUUUCUUAUUUCCGUUGGAUGAUUGAAGUCUUUUGUCGAAUUCAUUUGUAUUCUUGUUCAGUUCUUGCUCCUUUCCUGCUGAAGCCUUAACGUGUAAUUGUUCAUACAAUGCACUGAUAAAAUAUUGUUUGAUGUUAAUGCAUCCUUGAGCGAUUUCCAUUGUGAUUCAAAAAUUUCUCUUAUUUUUAAUUUGUAGAAAAUUGAUGAUCUUAACGGUCUUGCAGGCGGGUAUAUGAAUACUCGUAUGUGUGGCCUCCCAAGGUUAUCGUCCGCCAAAGCAUUGGCAUUGAUCUGUUUCGUGUUUAUAACAGGCAAGUGAAAAAAUUAUCUUGAUUUAACAAGGUCAAGUGGUUGAUUUUAAUUAAAUCGCAGAACUUCAGCUAUUUGGUGAAUUGGGAAACUUUUAAUCCGGUCGGGAGUUUGAUGCAUCUACAUAUGUGUCUAUCAAAAGCAAUCCAAUAAGAUCGUUGCUCAUAUAUUUCCUGGUUUUUUCCUUCGCUAAAGGCAACAGUGACUGUUCUAAGUAUGCACUAUUGAGCCUCUGCUCAAAGUGAAAUAGUGUCGUUAAUUGGAUAAAGCUGUUAAGAUGGUGUCCUACGCCGUUCACUACGAAGUGAACAGAAGCCAUCGGCAGGAAACGCUCCUGUCGGAUUUUAGCAAGAUGCACCUGCAAAUGAGCAACGAACAGCCCCAAGUUUUAUAUGUUGCAAUGGCAACGUGGUUGCCCAAGUGCAACAUGGUUUCAUAUCAGCAGCAAAUUAAUUCUGCCGAUGAUCAGCUGGAAAUCGUCGACAAAGUUGCUGCAACUGAAAACGUUACGAAAGCCACACCGUCAGCAACGCCACACGCCUCAGCUACGGAUGAGAGUUUAGACAGUUCAAGUUCAGAUGGUGAUAGUGACUGUGUUAUUUUAAAAGCCGAAACAAGCGAAUCACUAAAAGAUUCCAUAAUGAUGGAAGUGAUUUAUGACAAGAAAGAAAUUAUUUCCACGCCGAAGAAAAAUGUAACUCCAAAAAAGCUCCAGAAAAUGUUGGAUUCGGAAAAAAAGCGUCAGCAGAAGCAACACGAGAAAGAGGAGCGCGAGAAGCAAAAACAAGAGGAAAAGGCGAAACUAUUAGCCGAUAAGCAAAAACUCAAAGAACAAAAGGAAGCAGAAAAGCAAAAGCAGCUGGAGGAAAAGCAAAGGCAAAUCGAACUCAAGCAAAAGGAAAAGGAACUGAAGGAAGAGCAAAAGCAGAAAGAGAAGGAGGAGAAGGAGAUGAAGCGCAAAGAAAAGGAGGAACUAGAAGCGAGAAAACGAAAAGAAAAAGAAGAGGAGAGAUUGAAAAAACUGCAGGAAAUCGAAGAAAAAAACAAAGAAAAGCAGAAGGAGGAGGAGUUAAAACAAAAAAGUGCCGCACUGUUUAAGAAUUUCUUCAAGAAAACUGAUGAGGAGCGUGCCGAAGAACUCAACCAAUCAAAAGCUGAAAAAAUUAAUUCUAAUUUUAUGCCGUUUGCAGUUAAGUCGGAUAUGAAGUUGCCUCCUCGCAGGCGUCAACCUUUAACGGAAGGACAAUUGAAAUUACUCGAUUCAGCCAUGCAAAGCCAGAACGGUGAUCUGGGAUUUUAUUUAAAAUGCCUUAAGAGUGGAGAAUACCAACCGGGUGUUACUGGUCGAACCUGGCCGUAUGAAGAGUCUGAAGGCGAAGUGACAAUUGUGGAAGAUGAUAAAGUACUCGGGCAAACUAUUUGUGAAGACACAGGAGUUGUCCAGAAAAUGAAAGUGAAAUUUUUAUUUUUCCACGAAAAUAGACGACCGGCAUAUUAUGGAACGUGGCGUAAAACUAGCAAGCGUGUGACACCUCGCAGACCAUUUGCGGAAGACACUGACUUCUUUAACUAUGAGGAAGAUUCAGAUGAUGACUGGGAAGAUGAAGAACAAGGAGAAUCUUUAGACGUAUCUGGAGAUGAGGAAGACAAAGAGAACGCAACUGAGGAAGAUGACUACGAAGUGGAUAAUGAAUUCUUUGUGCCUCAUGGUCAUUUGAGCGAGGACGAAAUAGACGAUGAGGAGAAUGCUCCUUUAUCGCCCGAGUCUUUGAAGCAAAAACUUAAGCUCUUGAAAGACGAAUUUGAACUUGAUAUAAAGUCAAAAACCCACAAACUGAAGUCACGAUCGAUUGGCUGCAUUUGGUUUAAUGAAGGAAACGAUAAUAUCGACGAAGCAAUUUAUCGCUACUUGCAACCUUUUGCAAUGCUUGUUCAAGAACCAGUAGAAAUUAAAGAUCGUUUGAGUGUCUUUGGGACCAACACCGACAAGAAAACGCUGAAAGUCAAAGUACCGACAGAACUUCCCUGCGAACAUGUCCCGUAUUUCUUGAAAACAGUGCAUGGCAAUGUCAACAAAAAACGCACUGUAAUUGAAGAGUUUUUGACUUUGAUGGCUAAUAAGGGACUGCCGGUGGACAUUUCCAAAGCGGGACUUUUCCGCUUUCUGAAGCAAAUUGCUUCGUAUAGAAGACCUACUAGUGCGGGAGCUUCGAAAGCCAAAUGUUGGUGUGUCAACGAUGAAGCCAUUGAAAAAUACAAUGUCCAUUUGGAUAUGGUUCUUGAAGAAAGGUCGACUUGUUAAUAUUAAACUGGUAGUAGCAGUAGCAUUGUUGGCUCCCCCCACAAUACUGCUACUACUAAUAUUAAGCUAGGCUAAGUUUGAAAGUGCCCUUGGAUUUCUCGCUUUUUGCCUUCCACUUUAAAUGUUUAUAAUAAAGUUCAUUAUUUUUCAA